AUGGGAAACGAGACCAGCUACCAAUCCGCGAUGUGCAACCACUUUGACCAGGAUGAGAUUAGAAGGUUGGGCAGAAGUUUCAGGAAGAUGGACUUGGACAAAUCGGGCUCCCUGAGCAUAGAUGAGUUUAUGUCGCUGCCUGAGCUGCAGCAGAACCCACUGGUAAGUCGAGUGAUCGACAUCUUCGACACGGAUGGCAAUGGGGAAGUGGACUUCCAUGAGUUCAUCAUGGGCACCUCGCAGUUCAGCGUCAAGGGCGACGAAGAACAGAAGUUAAGAUUCGCCUUCAGAGUCUACGACAUGGACAAAGAUGGCUACAUCUCCAAUGGGGAGCUCUUCCACGUGCUGAAGAUGAUGGUGGGUAACAACCUCAUGGACUGGCAGCUGCAGCAGCUGGUGGACAAAACUAUCUUGGUCCUGGAUAAGGACGGCGAUGGCCGGAUAUCCUUCACAGAGUUCUGUGAUGUGGUGAAAAACAUGGAGAUCCACAAGAAGUUGGUCGUGUUUGUGUGA